CACGCACGCACGAGGUACGCGCACGUGAAGGGCAGGCGCACCGUCGACAACACUAGCGCCCCCAGCAACCAGUCUUCGACAAUCACGCGGACCGUCUGGACGCACGGCACGCACGCACGUGAAGGUUUCAAAUCGGUUUUACGUAUUUUCAAAAGCAAAAGUCCGGAUCAUUCGUCAAGUAUGCUGCUAACACGUAGUUCUGUGAAAGUGGCCGUCUACUAGGGCGCGUUCGGUUCGAAUGUUUUGAGAAAAACGGAGAGCAAUCAAGGCAGCAGCAGCAGCAGCAAGAUGCGUCUAUCUGCUCGUAUCAAAUGUUUCAAGUAUCUGGUGUACACCUAUGUGAUUCUCAUAUCGAUAUGCGGUAGCGCCCAGCUGGUUAUCGGAGCAUUUCUGCUCUGGAACCAUCGACAGUACUCGCAGAUCGUGAAGAACCAGUUCUGGGAACCGUACGCCGUGCUGAUCGGGCUCGGAAUCAUCUCACAGCUGCUCUGCUACUUUGGCUGGACGUCGACUAGCCGGAAGCACCGAUGUUACCUAGGAACGUUCUGUGCGUUCCAGGUGCUGCUCAUUGUGAUCUUAUUCUUAGUUAGUGGCUGGUCGGUGGCCACCAAAGUACACCUGAUCGUACCGGCCGAGUUGGCGAUCGAGGCCAGCCAUGCCGAGUUUGUGGCUCAUCAGGCGCCACCCGAUCCGACCCACAUCUGGAAUCGAUUGCAGCGUGAUUUCCAUUGCUGCGGAUCCAACAGUUUGCAUGACUACAAGAACUCUUUCCCGCGGUCCUGUUACGAUCCAGUUAACAGGGAACUCCACAGUGCCGGCUGUAUGCACGUGUACGUGCGUAGCAUGGAGAUGAACAUGGUUCGAGUCGCUGUCGUCGCGAUCUGUUCCGCCCUCAUACAGAGUUUGGGCAUAUUUUGCGUCAUCCAGCUAACGUUACUGCUACGACGACCAAUCAUCAUGCUGCCGAACGGUGAUAACCAGUCGAUACGAGUGAAGCGUACCCGCGAGCAGCUGACACCACUUUCACCGGCCACCAUCUCCCGCCCGUCGCAACACAGCGGUAGCAGUAGUAGCGGCAGUACAAAGCCUCCCAUUCCGCUAAAACCCGUCGUACCACGGGUAGAUCCACCGGUCAUUAAGCCGACUCAUUGAACCAUGGCUCCCCGUUUGGAGUCGACGGGUUCAACUCUCAGCAGCAGCAGCAGCAGCAGCAGCAGCAGCAUGGCCCCAAUGUGCCAAUAAGAUUAGUUCUUUUAUCACAGAACCUCGUACAGUGCAGACCAGUGGACGCAACCUGUUGCGGUCACUGGCAGAUUGAAGUUUUUUUUAGAAUUAUCGAAAGCGAAAUGGGAUGGGGAACAAGAGCAGGCAAUGUUGGCAUUUUUCAUUUUUAAUCAUUCGCAUACUUCCUCUUAGGUCGUUAGAGUAAUUCCGUCGUAUAGUAUGUACUUAAGUGAAGCUGUGCUCCUCCGAGGCUGACAAAGAAGAAGCGUUGCGGGGCCAUAGUUUCGACAGCACAGUUUUGAUGAUCGAAUAUAAAAUAUAUAAUUAGUUGUAAAACAGUA